AUGCAAGGCUGCAGUGGAACUGGAAACGUUGCUUUCUCAGAUGCAAUCAUCACUCCUGACGUAGCGUCUCACCUGGAGCAAUAUGAUUCUCUAAUGGCAAAUGAGGAUAUGGAUAUCAUCCAAAGGUAUGAGAAGAAGGACAUUCGCAGAGUCUCCAAAUUGGGAGAAGGCUGCUUCAGCAAUGUCUUUCUAGUGGUUGGCCAAUCCGAACAGAAAAAGAUGGCACUCAAGUGCUUGGAUCACAACAAGAUCCGCUCUCCACAAGAAUUCCUUUCGGCUUCUCGAGACUUGAUAUGUGAAGCCAAUAUGCUAGCCCAAUUGGAGCACCCCAACAUUGUCAAGCUUCACGGAGUUUGCACCACUUCCAUCUCGGAAUCCUAUCUACAAGAUGGUGAAGGAUAUUUCAUGGUCUUAGAUGUCAUGCAAGUCACUUUGAAGGAUAGACUACGAAUCUGGCGCAAUGACCCUCAAAGCUACAAGAAGCGUGGGUUGGCUUCCAGACUCAUGAACAAGGGUCACUCACAAGAGAAGCUUGAUCAAGACGAAAUGAUGGAUCGUAUCAACUCUGUUGCAUAUGGUGUUGCAGAAGCAAUGAGCUGCGUUCACAAGAGAGAUAUUAUCAUGCGAAACUUGGCGCCUGACAAUAUUGGUUUCAAUGAAACCACUGGCAAGGUCUGCUUGUUUGACUUUGGCUCGGCAAGAUACUUGGAGGAUGGCGAUGAUGCUGCCAUUAACGGAUCUCCUAACUACAUGGCUCCUGAAGUCAUGCGAGCAGGAGGAUAUUCUUUUGCAUCGGAUGUCUACUCCUUUGCCAUGAUCAUGUACGAGAUCUGCACCUUGCGCAAGCUGACACCUCGGGCGAAUAAGCCCUUUACCAUUCACCACGGUACUGGUGGUGCACUACCAAGACAGAGUGGCUUUGAUUCACGACCAUCCUUGGAAUGCAUUCCUUCUCGGGAUACACAAUACCUAAUUGAAGACUGCUGGUGCAGUGAUCCUCAAUUGCGUCCAAGCUUUGAACAGAUUAGCCGAGCGAUAUCCGAGGUUGUGCUCGGAAAGGAGAACCAUGGAGGAAAUUACUCACAAUCAGAUGAGCGAACGGUGACCAGUGAAUCCGAAGCACACAUUUGA